UUUCUCUACAGCAGCUUGCUGCCUCCGACAUAUUUUGUUGUCGUGUUGGCGUCCUAUCGUGAUAAACGCAUCUGUGUAACAUUUUUUAUAUUCAACACGAUAAUAAUUUUUUUUUUUGUUUUUAAGAUAACACUAUUCUCUUGGAGAGAAUAGAUCCUAUUCGAAAGCGUACACUUUGAAUAAUAUAUCGUAGACCUACUUUUUUGGAUAGUCAACCAAAUUGUCCCGAAUUCAUAUUGAUUGGUCUACUUUUAAACAUCAAAUAUCUACCGUUCAAGAAAUAAUUAUUUGUUAAGUAUCAAGUAAAAUUAAUUUUAUAUUUUAUAUUUCAUAAUUGAAUUAUGUUUGCCCGUGUCACAUUUUAUCCCACACUUUUAUAUAAUGUAUUUAUGGAAAAAGUAACACAGCGCAACUGGUAUGAUCGAAUUGAUGAAAAUGUUAUAUUGGGUGCACUUCCUUUUAGGAAUAUAAGUCAAAAAUUAAUUGAUGAAGAAAAUGUCAGAUGUGUAAUAUCAAUGAAUGAAUCAUACGAAUUAGAACAUUUUACACCUCAACCAGAUGAAUGGAAAAAAAUGGGAGUAGAACAUUGUCAGCUGAGUACAAAAGACAUUUUUGAAACUCCGUCUCAUGAGAAAUUAAUUCAAGGCGUUUCAGUGAUGGAAGCAGUUUCAAAAGAUGGUAAUACUGUAUAUGUACAUUGCAAGGCAGGUCGUACUCGUAGUGCAACUCUUGUGGGCUGUUAUUUGAUGUCUAAACAUAAUUGGACUCCUGAACAAGCAAUUGAAAAUAUUGUAUCCAAGCGACCUCAUAUUUGGUUACGUAAUCAACAAUUAGAGAGUCUCAAAAAGUAUUAUGAUGAGAAAUCAAUAUGGCGUAUAGGGUAGAAUAAAUUAGUUGGACAAAGUAAUAUUUUAAUGAUGUGUACAAUUUUAGAAUCUGAGUAAAUGAUAAACAUUAUUGUUUGUUGUUAUAUCUAUUUUCUUUUUUGUUCAUUUUAAUGAAUAUUCAUCAUAGAUUUGAUUUUAAAUUGUAUUAUUACUACCUAGAAGACUUAUAAUAUAUCCAAUGACAAUAAUUUUUUAUAUAUAGAAUUAAUUUUUAUAUAAGAUAUAACAAUAUCAUAAAAACUGUGUAAUAAUAUUUGAUUUUUAAUUCUAAGAUGAUUUUAUAUAUUGUUGAUAAUUUCAAAACAUUUUUCUUUUCAAAUAUUAAUUUUUACUUAGUGAUUAUCGAUUCAUAGAAAAAUAUAUAUUAUUUGUGUAUAAUUGUGUUCAUACUUCAAUUAAAAGAUUAUGAAAUUAUUUCCCUGAUUAUAAAUUGUAAAAUGUUUUGUUGCAAUACUGGAGUACAUAACAAUAUAAAAUUUUAUUGAUUUUCGUUUAUUUUUAUAAUUAAAUUAUUUUGUUUUUGUGUAAACAAUUUACCUUAAAAAUGUUUACCAUUUACAAGCUGACUAAAUUUUUACAAUGUACCUACUUGAAAGAUUUUGAUUUAGAAUAAUUUAAUUGGGUGUUAGUUAAAUUUUUUAAGUAGAAAUAUUUUACUUUUAAACAACAAUUUUUGUAUUUUAUAAGAAAAAUAUUUAGUUUUUAUUGUGAAAUAACAGUAUUUAAGAUCCAAUUAGUAAACUUAGUAUAUUCAUUAUUGAGUAUAUAUUAUCAUAAUUGAUACUAUAUUUUGAGAAUACCUAAAAUGUAUUUAAUAUAUUUUAUUUAUCUUAUUUCAUUUAGUUUAUUAAUAGUAUAUUAAUUUUAAGUUAAACGUACAAAUAUGUUAAUGUUAAUUAUUCAAAUGGGUGAGAGAAAUUUAUAUUAUAGAAAAUUUAAAUACCAAAAAAUGUUCUAGGUAUGUAUAGUUGUUGAAAAUAUUCAACUAGACAAUAAUCUUGUACCUUAUGUUUAACUAUCAUAAUUAUCUAUCAUUAUUGCAAACAUUAUGUUGUCUUUAUUUUUUAAUUUAAUUAUUGAUUAUUGUUUGAAAAUAAUUGUAUGCUAAAGAUUUAAGUAUUUAUGGAGUUCUUUAAAUUAUAGUUUAUUGUCAAUGUUACUUACUUCUAAAAGGAUAAAAGUAGAAUUAUAAGCGGAAUGUGCAAUUAAUGAAAUUUUAUUUUUAUUAAGGAAUCUUAUUGUUUAAAUAGCUUAAAGUAAAAGGUAUAAGAUUGUAUAAGGUUCUUAUUAAAAACAAUUUUGCUUGAUAUUAAUAUUGGUGUAAGAAGUAUGUAAUAAACUUAAUAAGUUAUUGAAUCUAGUAACUUAAUGUUGUACUAA